AGAUGAUCUUUCAUUGAAGCUAGUACAACUAAAAUAAUCUAAACCUAAAGAAAUCGAACUUUCGCCGGCUCCUCUGGCUUUCCUAAGCCCACACCCACACGCAUAGACGUUCACUGUGCACCGCGAAACACGCGAGGAAUUAACGCGGCAUCGCAGAGCGCAUUGGAUUCUUCUCCCCACAACAGGAACCCCCCCCCCGCCUUCCUGCUCCGCCUAAUGCACAGCAAUUACGUUUCUCCCAGCAACAACGCGAACAGCGCCAGCAGCGAUCGCUGCAUCUUCUUUUCGAAGAUGGGCGCCUGCCGACACAGUGAGCAGUGCACGAAGCUCCACCACCACCCCGACUCCUCUCCCACCGUGUUGUUCCCGAUGAUGUACCCCAACCCGCACGCCAUCGCCCACAUCAAGGACCGCGAGUGGAACGUGGAGUUCGAGAAGAAGUAUCUGAAGAAGCACUUCGAGCACUUCUACAAGGAGGUGUGGCGGACGUUUCUGGAGUUCGGCCGCAUCGCCGAGCUGCGGGUCGUGAGCAACCUCGGUGAUCACCUGCUCGGUAACGUAUACAUCCGCUUUGAGGAUCCGCAGGUGGCCGCGCGCAUCGUGCGGGAGCUGCGCGGCAAGAAGCUCAAUCAGAUCAUCGUGCUGCCGGAGCUGUCCCCCGUGACGAACUUCGCGGAGGCGUGCUGCAAGGAGGACCUGGAGGGACGCUGCCAGCGCGGCGAGCAGUGCAACUACCUUCACAUUCUGAAGGUCUCCCGCAAGCUGCUGGAGAAGCUGGAGAAGGAGCAGAACAAGUACUGGAAGAAGAAGGAGCGCCACACCGACGGCGACGGGGAAGAGCGCAAGCGGGAGCGCAGCCGCUCGAACUCACCGGCGGACGCACCGCGCGGGGAGCCGUGUCACAUCUGCGGUCAGUCGGGCCACGCCUCGCGUGAGUGCCCCAUGCGGUAA